AUGAGUCUCUGCUCAUGUUUCUGGUCCAAGAAGAAUAAGAAGAAAGACGACAAGAAGGUCAAGAACGAUGAAGAAGAUGACGUCAACGUUAAUGAGGAACAAGAUCAGUCUCCAGAUCAGCAGAAUGUUCCAGAAGUAUCAUCUUCCGCUGAGCAGAAUGUUCCAGAAGUAUCAUCUUCCGGUCAGCAGAAUGUUCCAGAAGCAUCAUCGUCCGGACCAAGCGAUGUCGUUCCUAACACCGAUAAAAAACGUGCUCAACUGUUCACCUACUCGGAGCUUGUUUCCGCGACAAACAAUUUCAAAACCUUAAUUGGGGACGGCGGAUUUGGAGCUGUAUACAAAGGGAAGUUGGAUACAGAUCAGCAGGUUAUUGCCGUUAAAAGACUCGAUAGGGAAGGUCCACAAGGAGAUAGGGAGUUUCUAGUGGAAUCUCACAUGCUUUGUGUCCUAAGCCAUCCUAACCUUAUCACUUUGAUUGGUUACUGCUCUGAAUAUGACCAUCGUCUUCUUGUUUAUGAAUACAUGCCUUUAGGCUCCUUGGCUGAUCACCUUUUUGGUUCUAUAAGUAAGAAGGAGCCACUUGAUUGGAAUACCAGAAUGAAGAUAGCAGUUGGUGCAGCCAAAGGGAUGGAAUAUCUUCACCACAAAGCAGACCCACCAGUGAUAUAUAGGGACCUAAAACCAUCAAACAUAUUAUUGGGAGAUGGGUUCCACCCAAAGCUAUCUGAUUUUGGGCUUGCUCACUUUGGCCCAACUGGAGAGAAGGACCAUAUCACCACCAGGGUUGUAGGAACCCAUGGUUACUGUGACCCAGAAUAUCUCUUAUCUGGAAAGUUGACAAUUAAGUCUGACAUCUACAGCUUUGGAAUGUUAUUGCUUGAGCUGGUCACUGGACGCCAGGCCCUUGAUGACUCCCAGGGUCAUAUGGAAUUUCUCAUUGGCUGGGUAAAACCCUUAAUGGAAGACAACAAGAUGGGGCAAAUAGCAGAUCCUAGGCUGAGAGGUGAGUUCCCAGAGGGUUCAUUGGAGAAGGCCUUGAACUUGGCUGCAAUGUGUGUCCAACAAGAUGCCACACUACGUCCUGGCAUGACCGAUGUGGUGCGCAGUUUGAUCGAAUUAGCAUCUCAUAAGUACGAGAAAGUAGUAGUUGAUGAUGACAAAAUUACACAAGUGGCUGAUGAAGGAUCUUCAACAACAAGCACUAGGUUGGUUUUACGCAAGAAGGGCAGAUUGGAGCGAGGGCGGGAAGUGGCUGAGGCCAAGAGUUGGGGAGAGAGUAGCAGACAAGAUAAACAAAGGCAUAUAUAG